CUGCUUCCUGGUGUCAUUAAUGUAGAACGCUUUUUGUUUUUAAUGGUUUUUGUAUUUUCCAAAUAAAAAGCUGAAAUAUCGACGUGAAACAUUUAGAAAAUGAAUAGAAUAUUCGGGCGAGGAAAACCGAAAGAUCCUCCUCCUAAUCUGUCGGACUGCAUAGGCAACGUAGAUGCGAGAUCAGAAUCCAUAGAAAAGAAAAUUGGCAGACUCGAUGCUGAGCUUUUGAAGUACAAGGACCAGCUGAAAAAGAUGAAGGAUGGUCCAUCAAAGAAUAUGGUGAAACAGAAGGCGAUGAGAGUACUGAAGCAAAAGAGAAUGUAUGAAGGACAAAGAGAACAGUUGGCUCAGCAGUCUUUUAAUAUGGAGCAGGCAAACUACACAAUUCAGACACUAAAGGACACAAAAACGACAGUGGAGGCCAUGAAGAUCGGCGCAAAGGAAAUGAAGAAGGCUUACAAGGAUGUUAAACUUGAUCAGAUUGAUGAUUUACAGGAUCAGCUGGAGGACAUGAUGGAAGAAGCCAGUGAAGUACAAGAGGCCUUGAGCCGCAGCUACGGCACUCCAGAUAUAGACGAGGAUGAUCUUGAAGCAGAACUGGACGCACUGGGUGAUGAGCUUCUGCUGGAUGACGACACAUCCUACCUGGAUGAGGCCUCAUCCGCCCCGUCUAUUCCCGAAGGAAUGCCCAGUGACAGCAAGACAAAUAAGGACGGUGUUCUGGUGGACGAGUUUGGCCUGCCGCAGAUUCCAGCCACUUAAACGAGGAAAGCGCCUCAACACUGCACUGAGAACACGCUUGUAUAUAGAGUAACAGAGAUACAGGCAAAAGCACAUGACCUGAGAACACUACCGUUUGAAGCUGUCCUGACAUUGGGUUGUGUAUUGUUACUACUGCUGUGCUGGUAUGUGGCCUUGUGACACACUGAAACUUUGGAAAAAAAAAAAAAAAACUUUAUCCCCUCUCCCAUUAAUCUUUAUCCAUCAGUAUUGGUUUUUGUGUGUAGUCUGAUUGUUUAGUUCUCAUUGUUUGACUUUAUCACAGGUGGAGAUGAAUCCCAGUCUGCCUGCUCAUGUGUGUGUGAAAAAUAAAAUUUUUAAUUAAAU